AUAUCAUCGAUCCUGAAAAUAUCACUGGUUUGGAAAAUACCAAUGAUCCUGGAGACAUCAAUAAUUCUGAAGACACCAAUGAUUCUGAAGAUACUAACAAUCUUGAAGAUAUCACCGAUUCUGAAAAUACCACUGAUUUUGAAAAUACUACCAAUUCUGAAGAUAUCACCAAUUCUAGUAUUGUUAUUAGGACAAUUAUUUCUGAUGCUAGUUUUCUUUCUUGA